CACGGGCGUGAGGCUGGGAAGGGGACCAGGAGGAGGCACUUCCGGGAGCCAUAAAGUUCUUGUUAUAACGAGGCAGUCCUUCAGCUGAAACGUCCCCCUGCAGCCCUGGGUCCUUCGAGACUAGAGUUCCCCCGUACCUUUCCUCCCCGAGCGAAAGGUUCCGGGAGAGCCCUGGGUUCCCCAGCCUCUGAAGCGGAAGGAUUGAGUGGAACUGGUGGGGUGCUUCCCUCCCAGAAGGAAAGCGGGUCCUGGCUCCCAACCCCGCACCCCCGCAGAGGACCCCGGAAUAUGUCCCUGGAUGCCGUGGACGGAGUGUCAGCCGUGGAGCCGGAGAGCGUGUGCCUGAUAUCCUGGCAUUGGCUCUUUACCCGGGUAGCGGCUCAGUUUCCCCCAUUCCUAAUAUUGGGGUGCUGACCUCCCAGGAGUCUGCGAGGAGGCUGCGAGGGUUAGAGGCACGUACAGUGCGCGCGGUGCCUCUAGCGCAGUGUUCUUCGGGGCCGGUCCUCUGACACGGUCCCCAAGCACCUCAACAUAUGUGCUUAGAAGACCGACUCUUCAGAUCUUCAGUGACUGGUGGGACAUGCUGAGUGAGGGCCUGGGUGGAGAUGUUGAGGGUAAUUCUCAGGUGUCCGAUUUCAACAAGAUGCAGGUGUUCACCAAGGUGCAGCGCUCAAUUGGACAGCAUAUCCCACUGCGACGCCAGACCGUGCGCUCUAGAACCGGAGGGGUCAGCUGCUUCUCCUGAACAGUGCUGACUUGCUCAGCUUCCACCGUUGGACUGGAGUCUGUGCGGCCACCACGAUGCGGUGGCGGGACCGGCUGGCUGUGCUCUUCUUCCCACAAGGCAUGGUGCUCACCGCAGCUGCCCUGAUGCUCUUCCUUAUACACCUUGGGGUCUUUGCCAGCGACGUGCACAACUUCUGCGUCACCCACCACUACGACCGCAUGAGCUUCCACUACACAGUUGUCCUGAUGUUCUCCCAGGUGAUGAGCAUCUGCUGGGCCGCCAUGGGGUCACUCUACGCUGAGAUGACAGAUGACAAGUUUCUUCGGUGCUUUGCCCUGACCAUCCUGAUACUAAAUGGAGCCAUGUUCUUCAACCGCCUGUCCCUUGAGUUUCUGGCCAUCCAGUACCGUCAGGAGAACCACUGAGGCCUGAAGACUGGGCUGAGAAGGGGGAAGGAAAAGGAGGCUUCGGUGUUUUAAUAAAGUCU